AUGACGCCGAUAAUUUCGUUCACGACCAUUUACAACUUCGUUCAACUGAAGAACUUCCCCCUGCUGCUCACCACGCUCAUUGGAAUCACAAUGUUUGUUCUGUCGCACGCGCACAUCGAGUUCAGCAGCCCAAGUGUAGCGAAUAUCUUCAAAAAAAUGCACAUCCCAAUGGCAAUAUUAGCGGCAAUUUUUUUAGUAAGCACAAAUUAUGCAGCGCACCAGCUUUUAAAGUCUAGGAACAUGGAUCGGUGUUGUAAACACAAAAAAAUAUCGCAUCACUUGGAAGAGCAAUCAUGCGAACAGCACCAUCAUCAUCCGCAGCAUCCUCACCAUCAUCACCACUAUGAUUUAGAAAUGAAUGAUGACACCUAUGGUAUGCAUAGUCACCCACACAACAAUGACAAUGUGGUCAAUCUGGAAAAGUUUUACAAUAUUGGAUUUCAUCAGCAUAAUGAUCACGAAUUGGUUCGAUUUUUGUGA